AUGGAUAAUACAGUUAUUAACAAUAAUGGCCAACUUAAAGCUAGAAUACAAAAGAGAAAAGUGGUGUCGAAUAAUACACAAUCAACUUCUAUUUCAAAUUCAACUUCAAAUUUUAUAAAUCAAGCUUCAAAAUUGAAAAAUACAAGAAUAAAUGAAAUAAAGAAACAAAAACAAGAUUUUAUUACAAGGAUCAAUUAUAAUCAUUUAUUAACUACUGUUAUGCUACCACUAAUAACAUUGGUUUAUAUAUUCUAUAAGAAAGAAAGUAUUGUACCAGAAAAUCAAUCAACUUUAUACUUUUUAUGCGUUUAUUACAAUUUCACAUUACUAUCUUUUACAGCCGGUUAUCAUAAAUAUUUCUCUCAUAAUUCAUUCAAGACUAGUUGGUCAUUAUUAAAAUAUUAUUUUGCUAUUUUUGGUUCUUCUUGUGGUUUAGGUUCAAUUAGAUGGUGGGCUUCAUUACAUCGUGCUCAUCAUCAUUUCACUGAUGAUACUGAAAAAGAUCCAUAUUCAAUUAAAAGAGGCUUAAUUUUUUCACAUUAUGGUUGGUUGUUAAAAAAACCAAAAAUUGAUAAAUUUUAUAAAGAUUUUAUUGAAUCUGAAUUUCCAUUAAAUAGUUUAGAUUUAUCAGAUGAUGAACAGAACCUAAAUCAUUUCUUACUAUGGCAACAGAAGACUUAUUUAAUUUGGUUUUUUAUCACUUCAAUUAUACUACCUGCUUUAAUUACAAAAUAUAUCUGUUAUGACACCUUUAUUCAUGGUAUUAUUUACCCUGGUAUUUUGCGAAUGUUUUUAUGUCAACAAAGUUUAUUAUCAACAGAAUCAUUAUGUCAUCUUAAAAAAAUUCAAGUGCUAAUCCCCACUCAACCAUUUAAUGAUAAAAAUUCAUCACAAAAUUGUAAUAACCCCCUUAUUUCAUUUUUAACAUAUGGUCAAUCACAUCAAAAUUAUCAUCAUGAAUUUCCUCAUGAUUAUAGAUGUGAUGAUAGUUAUUUAACUUAUGAUCCAACUAAAUGGUUUUUAUAUACUUUAGAACAAUUUGGUUUAAUUGAUGAAGUUUGUAGAACUCCAAAUAAUUUGGUAGUGCAAUUAAAAUUACAACAACAACAACAUACCAUAAAUAGAAUUAAAUCUCAAUUAAAUUGGGGUACUCCAAUUUCAAAAUUACCCAAAAUAAAACCUUCUGAUUUUAAAAGAAUUAUAUCAAAUUCAAAAAAUAAAGAUAGAUUAUAUAUUGUAAUUCAAAAUAUUAUUCAUGAUAUAACUCCAUUUAUGGAUCAACAUCCUGGUGGUAUACAAUUAUUAAAAGCUUCCCAUGGUAAAGAUGCAACAAAGGCAUUUUAUGGUGGGGUUUAUGGUCAUUCUACUGCUGCUAUUAAUUUAUUAGCUACUAUGAGAAUUGGUAUAUUAGAUAAUGGUAAUGAAGAAGAAGUUUGGAAACGAGUAUUUAAAGAAGAAGGUGAAUUGGAUGAUACAAAUAAUUCAAGAAAUAAUCAAGGUCAACAAUAUAGUACUGCUGAAGCAGCAUAA